GUCCUGUCAACCAACCCAAGUGCAAACGGCAAGUCGUCGCCCUCCGCCACCGCCACCGCCGUCGCCGUCGCCAUCGCCAUCGACAUCGCCCGCGGAGUCUGUCCCUGUCCCUGUCCCUCCCCACAAUCGACGCUCGACACCUCGAAUCAACACGACAUCUCCGAAGAACAUCGUCCUACACUGCAUCACCACCCUAUUCCCUCCCUCCAGCCGUCCGCCCGCCCGCCCGCCGAACUGGCCACGCAGAGACCAUAGCCAGCUGUGCGGAUUCGUGGCCAUGCGCCGACCGGUGCUGAUCUUCGUCGUCCUGAUCUUGGCUGUGCUGGCUUUCCUGGUGCACGAGGUCUGGACGCUCCUGGAGCUGCUCGUCAUCAACGGAAUCGAAGAUGCCAUCACCCGCGCAGAACUGCCGCCUAUAGGCGCGGAACACGAGAUUGGUGCGACGCCCAUCAUACCGAAAAUUAUCCAUCAGACCUACAUCAACUCCAGCAUACCGCAAGUAUGGCAAGAGGCGCAACAGAGCUGUUUGGAUCUCCACAGGGAGCCCGAGUGGAAGUACAUGCUGUGGACAGACGCCAUGUCUGACGCCUUCAUCGCGAAGGAGUACCCCGAAUUCCUCGACACCUUUCGAGGCUACCAUUAUCCCAUUCAGCGCGCAGAUGCCAUUCGGUACUUUGUGCUUGAUCACUACGGAGGCAUCUACAUUGAUCUGGACGACGGCUGCAACAGGCCCCUGGAGCCUCUGUUGAAGUACCCUGCUUUUGUCAGGAAAACCAUUCCUACAGGUGUCAGCAAUGACGCCAUGGGUGCGGUGCCAGGACACCCAUUCUUCCAGCGUGUAAUCGAAGAGUUGCCGCACUAUGAUCAUAGCUGGAUUUUGCCCUACAUCUCUGUCAUGGCAAGCACCGGGCCCUUGUUCGUGAGCAUCAUCUGGAGACACUACAGCGACGAGGGUUUCAAUGUGGGAGAUGGACCGGAUGGUGGCCGCGUGAGGAUCAUAUUCCCCCAAGAAUACCAGAACCAGCCCUGGAGUUUCUUUACACACCAUUUGGGCAACAGCUGGCACGGCUAUGAUGUACAAUUGAUCUUCUGGAUGGCCCGUAAUUGGGUUCUUGUGACCAUGAUAGGCUUCGUCCUCGGCUUCGGCUUGAUCUUUCUUGGUUGGUGGUAUUACAACCGCUACCUCCUCACGCCCGCCGAUGUUCCUCGAUGGAAGACAAAGUCGAUACGGCAACGACUGCCUUUCUGGUCACGAAGAGCGCAGUCCGAGUACGAACUGGUCAACAGACACGAACCGUGAAAAGUGACUGAUCGAGAGUGGUAAAAGACCCACGAUCAGGAUUGAAGCGAGCUUCCAGAGUGGCUCUGGGGCUGUGCAUGAGAAUAUGCGCAAUGUCUCACGCAAAUCUUUGGACCGGUAGCUUACGGUCCCAGCACUGCGGGGUGCAUUAUUUCAACGUCCAAUACUUCACACGGACAAGCCCGUGGGACAACGAGGAUGGCGAUUCGCAUGUCUGCAGGCCGGCCUUCGGAAUCACGAAAGCGGGCAUGACAGUUGUCAAAAGUCACCAUCUUACUCACCAGCAUGAUGAUAUGACCACUCCUAGCACUGAGAGCCACGUCUUGAGUUGUGAGCCGCAGGAUAGUUUGCAGGGACAUCCCAGUACGAGCUAUUGAUAGCUGCGCAGCCUCUCCGAACUCCAAGUACAAGAAGAAUGAAGAGACCGCAACAGACACUCGUGUUGCACAGUAAGCUCGUGAGCUCUCUGGCGCUCGGGGCUUCUUUCACAGAGAUGGGCGCUCAGCAUUCUCGACUACAGAAGCGCAGCUUGCGUCGAAGCAUUCGAAGCAUUCCGUACGCAACAACAGCGGUCGCGGUCAUACCCGUAUCGCGACCAGACACUGUACGAUCAAAGCGUACUUCUAUACUGCGGCCUCUAAGCCAGGGCGUGGACCGUGAGACCGCCGAAGCACUACUCAGCGAGACACUGCAGAUCACGGUCGACUUGCAACAAGUUCAUCAGCAGCUUAACGAUAUCCUGCGAACACAAGAUGCGGGACAGCGGGCGGAAGUACCGGAACGUCGGGAACCUCACCGCCCACUGCUUCCGCAAUUCAGCUUCGAACAGCGGCCUCCAUUACCGCUGUGGCCAUUCACACGUCCCUCCUGUCGAGCAUCAAGACCUGAAAAUCCCAUGAUAAUUGGACAGCAAUCUAGCAGCAACCUGCUAUCCCCGAUUGCUGAACAUCACUCGCGAUCGCAAUCUCCAUCGAGGCUCAAUGUCCCCAAUUCUUCGCGGUCACGAUCCCCAAACAGAUUCAGCUCCACAUCCAGCUUCUAUUCGACCACAUCGAGAACCGCAGACGACGUCUUGGAGAUUUUGCCGUCAUUGACUGCUUCAUCGAGCUGCUACAGCCUCAUUGACAGCCCAAUACAAUCGCAAUGGGCAUCGAUCAGCAUGGCAACAUCCCCGACGAGUACAAACGAGGGUUUCGGUCAGCACGAGUCUAUUCUUGGUCCUGCUGUUGCAUUGUGUAACGAGCUAUUAGCUGACAGCGCGGGCUCGCUGGUCGGAGCGCGCGAAGUGACGCUGGAUGUACAUCAACAUGGCGGAGGGCUCGGCAAACCUUUGACUAUCUCAGUCGCAAAACACGAUAAUACCAUAAUUAUCACAAAAGGAGCUUAGCUGAGGAAAGGAACGUUCCUCGUGGGACGCAUGAGCAUUAGUUCAAUUGGGUGUAGACGCCAAAGACUGUAUGCAAAUCUUGAACCGGCCGAUCUUGUUCCCACUCUCCCACAAACAAAUUCGC